AUGAUUCUACUCGCCAAGAGUAUCAUUCAAAAGCUAUGGGUGGCGAAAGUGGAGUGGGAUGAAUCUGUACCAACCAGCAUCCACACUCUAUGGACUGAGUUUUACAGAGAACUCCCCACAAUCAAUAAUUUGCAGUUUGAUCGGAAUGUUCUGACUUCAGAGUCAACUUCUAUACAAUUACACGGUUUUUGCAACGCAAGUGAGAGAGGAUACGGGGCAUGUCUCUACGUGAGGUCCACCAAUACCAUAGGGGACAUCCACACAGCUCUUCUGUGCUCCAGGUCGAGAGUGGCACCCUUAAAGACCAUCACAAUCCCACGACUCGAACUGUCAGGCGCACAAACCCUGGUUCAACUGUAUCAAGCUGUCAAGGAAGCCAUCACGGCUCCAGUUUCCAGGGUGGUUUUUUGGACUGACUCCAUGGUGGCACUCCAUUGGAUUGCAUCAUCGCCACAUCAAUUAAAAACAUUUGUGGCUAAUCGAGUUGCCGCCAUUCAACAAGGAUCUUCCGAAAUCGAAUGGAGACACAUCAAAUCCGAGGACAAUCCUGCAGAUGCCCUCUCACGAGGGCAACUGCCCAGUGAAUUAGUUGAUAACAACUUGUGGCGUCAGGGUCCAAUCUGGCUGCGGAAUCCUGAAGACACGUGGCAGUGGCUGCCAGUACAACAACUCGAAGCCGAUCCUGAAAUGAAGAUAUCGACCUAUUUGCAUGUCAUCUCUGAGUUCACUCUAUUUUCACAUUACUCGUCAUGGACCAAAUUAAAACGACAUGUUGCCAUUUGGAGAAGAUAUUUUAAUUAUAUUCAAAGAAAAUCACCAUCAAAGGAUCCAUUAACGGUAGAGGAGCUAAGAGAAGCACAAUUGGCCAUUCUCCGAGUGGUCCAGUCCAAGACGUUUCAGGAAGACGUGGUCAAGUUACAGGCCAAACCAGCUCAGUACAAUGGCAAACUCAAGACAUUGAAUCCGUUUAUUGAUCGUCAAGGAAUCAUGAGAGUGGGAGGCAGACUACAGCAGGCGAACAUUCCAUUCUUUCAAAAACAUACUGUCCUUCUGCCCAAGAACCAUCACGUUACCAACUUAACCAUCAAUGCCGAACAUUUAGCUCAGAUACAUUCAGGAGUGCAAAACACUUUACACGGCCUGCGACGUGAAUUCUGGCUCUUGGAUGGUCGCUCUCAGGUUCGAAAAAUUGUUCGACAAUGCCUUCCUUGCCUACGAGCUCGUCCCCCUGUCCCAGAAUAA